AUGGGCGCCGAGCGUCUCCACAACGGUCCACGCCUACUGAAGGGCGUCGUCGACUUAUGCCGGGCCGGGAGCGCCAGCAGGCACUCGGCCCUGUAUUGCAAGAGCAUCUGCUGGCUCAGUUGGCAGGACCACGGCUGCGUCAAUGGAAGGUCUCGAGCGGGCGCUCUGGCGGCCGGCAACGUCUUGCAGUGGCGACUUGGAGCUGCGAGCGCGGGCCGCAUGGCCGCCAAGCAUGACGUGACGAAGGCGUUCGCCUGUGUGAGCCACGAGCAUUUGGGCCAGACCGUCUACCAGAUGCACCGCCGAGUGGACGCGCAGGUCAUGUUCCCCAGGCACAGGCGCACAGCCUGCGCGGUGAAUGCGCGCGAUGGCGACGGCACUUUUCUGAAUGGAGCGGAAUGCCACAUGGGCGACUCCGACGCGGCGACGAAGUUCAGGCUCGCUUUCGAACGUCCCGCGAAAGAGUGGAGGCGGGCCUUUUUCCCGACUUCAGACGUGCGCGAACUAAUUGCUGGCUGCCCCAUCGCGCAGAAGACCUGCGACUUGGGGGCGACCUCGGCGUUCCUCGGAGCUCGGGCUCAUGCGUCGGGGUGGAGCGAUGAGGAAAUCAAUGCCAGAUGCUCGGCCAUGCGCUUGGGGUGGAGGGGGAUGGGCAAGUUCUGGAAGGUCUGCUCAUUCUUUGAUCGGAAGAGCCUCGUCUUCCAGGGCCGGGCGAUCGGCGCCGCGGCCUCGGGGCUCGAGGCGAGGGUGCUCACUUCAGACCAGACUAAGAAGCUAGACUCUGUCGCCGCGCGCUACGCGAGUUCUCCGCGCCAGGGGAUCGCGAUCUACCGCCGGCUUAACGAGGGGGGCAAGACUAACCACUGGGCUCUGCAGUUCAAGAAUGACUUGCAUUAUCCUGGGAGAUUGGAUGACGGGCCCGGGUCUCUGGACGAGCAGAAGAACAUGGAUGCGAAGAUCGUGGAUCUCAUCGAACUCGACGACGAGCUGAUGGACGUGAAGCAGAUGCAGAAGUUCUUCCCAGCUUUGCUGCGGCUGCUCCUCAACCUUGCGCUACAUCAGCGACGGUCAGACGCCAUCGAGCUGAAGACCUUCCUGAUGUCGUCGGGGACGCAGGUGGCGGUGAAGGCCAGGGCCCUAGUCAAGGAUUGGGUCGAAGCAGCAGAGGACGCCAGGUCGCCCCUGCCCAAAGCGGAGGAGGAGAGGAAUAUCCAGGGGACGGGCGCGAGAUCGGUCGCCUGUCAUGCAGGAGUGUUCGAGGGUCUGGUGGCAGAGGGCAACGCGGUGGGCCGUGCCGACCAGCGGCAGCUCGAGGAGUUGGCCAAGCAGCAGAACGCCGCCAAUGCUCAAGAGAUGGGCGAGGCGGCGCCGCUCGCGAAGAUCACGGACGCCCGCGAGGAGGGCGAGGUCAAGCUAGCCCUGAGCUGCACGUCGCGCCUCAACUUCCAGCCCGCGCCCGCGUCGCCAGCAGCGCAGGCAGGCGCGGGCUGCAAGCAGGGGGCCGCCCCGCUGGGGCACGCGGAGAGGCCGCUGCACACUGGCCUGCACGAGCUCGAGAACAUGACGCAGCGCGCGAAGAUGUCAGCUGCUUCGAGGGGCUCUGCCCUGACCCAUGGCCCCUCGGAGCCCACUUUUCCAGCAUUGAUCAGGCGCGGCUCUAGAGCCGCGGAGCCGCGCAGGGACAAGCCCAUCCACCAGAACUUGGAAGAGGUCGCCCCGCUGCAGCCCCCACGCGUCAAGUCGCCCUUGCGCUUGCCGCGCCUGCUCCAGAGGCGCGGCUUGUGGAAGGAGGUCCUUGCGUCGUGCGUCUGCGUCUCGGUGGGCGUGCUGCACCCAUUGGCGACGGAGGCUUCGAAAAGCGGCAAGGUCUUCACCUGCCAGAGGGACCCGAGCGAGGACGAGCCGGUGCUCUGCACCACGGACUCCUACCUUGACAGCGACGACCUGAUCGUGCGGAGGGGUAUGCCAUUCCAUCCGGCAACAUUAACGGUUGCCUCCCAGUUCCUCGCGGUGAUGAUAUCGUGUUGCAUGGUUUUGGCGGUCAUGGGCGCGCCUGCAUGGAAGAGGCUCCUGGACCGAAAAAGCCUGAUGCGAAUUGCGCCCGUCGGCUUGUUGUACGGCCUCGGGGAUUUCCUGCAGACCGUUGCGUGCAACUCGGCAUCGGCGCCCGUGGUGCUGGUGAUGGGGCAAAGCAAGCUGCUCCUGACCGCGUUGCUGAGCAAGUUCAUGCUCCCGAGUCAAGGGGCGGCGGACUGGCCCCGCCUGAUCGUCAUCUCGUGCGCCGCGGCGGCCUCCACGGACAUCAGCGCCGGCAUGGCGGCGAACUCGGUGAUGUCGGACUUCGAGGUGCAGGGGGCCUUGUUGGCCCUCUUGAAGGCCACCCUCUCCUCCAUGGGCGCGGUGCUUUCCGAGAGGGACUUCAAGAAGGGCGAGAACUACUGGAUCUUGUCUUUCCGAGUGCAGUUGAUGAUGCUGUGCGCGAGCGUGGCGAUCUUACCCUGGACGUGCAGCGCGUUCUUUGACAGGGGCUUGCCUCCGAUGGACGUGCUCGCCGAGUUCUUCCAGGGGGGGCCGGUCGUCAAGUGCCUCCCGGCGGGGGUGGUCCCGCGCUGCGUGCCGCAGGGCGCGGGCGGCAGCUGCAGCUGCAUCGACCACCAGGGGUGGGACAGGUGGACGGCCGUGGCGGUGUUUGCUAUCGUCAUCAACGGGUAUGCGACAGGACUUGAACCCACUCUUGUCAUUGCAGUUCUGACGGGGGCCCGAUUCCUAGAUGCGUACCCGUGA